AUGGCAGCUGCUAAUGCUACUAUCCGGAGCACAUUCUUCCACCCACAGCACAUGCUAGCGGCCUACCACUACAGCGAGGCGUCGACCCACCCCUGCGCCGCGUGCGAGCGCGUCGUCACGGGCACCGGCUACCGCUGCGGCGAGUGCGACUUCAACAUCCACGAGGCGUGCUUGAGCCUCCCGCAGCGCGUCAACUUCGACGGGCACCCGGGGCACGCGCUCACUCUCAUCCGCCUGGGCGCCAACCGCUGGUGCGACCUCUGCGAGGAGACCUCUCUCGCAGGGCGCUACAUGUACCUCUGCGAGCCGUGCAACUUCGACGUGCACCCGCGGUGCACGACGCUGGUUGCACAGCCCCAGCGGCAGCAGCCCCAGCCCCAGCCCCAGCCGCAGCCGCCGAGGGGUGCACACCGGAGCCGGGGGGCCUUCCGCGUUCUCAAGGCUAGUCUCAAGAUUGGCAUACACUUGGUGCAUUUAAUCGACAAUCCGCUUCACGUGGUGCAUUUGCUCGCCGACUUGUUUACAGACAACUAGGUGUUCCACCCGCGCAUUGUUGAAAGGCUGUUUGAGCAUAACUAUUCUACGAUGGUGCAGUUAUAUGAAAAUCGAGCAUAUCUAUGUACAAUUUGAACUAUGUUCACGUCCAAUUUGUUAUAACUUGUUGAACCCCUUACAUCAAGUUUUGCGCAACAAAUACUCAAUGACCACCCAAUACAUUAUUAUGUCACAAUUCCUAGA